CGUUGACUCCGUUUGCAUGGACUGUUUGCUGCCCCUUAGAGUGGGCAAGAGUGGGCAGGAGAUGGUGGUCUUCUUCGCCGUUAAGGAAGAGAGUGGCUUGUUUCUUGUCGUUACUUUCUCGAUACUUGCCGCAAUUGCACGCCGGAAGAUUCCAAGUAAGAUCUUUGGUAACCGGAGAGAUUGCAGUUUCCCGGCAGUAUUCAACUUCGGCGAUUCGAAUUCCGACACCGGUGGUAAAUCAGCCGCAUUCCAUAGGCUCCCUUCUCCUAACGGCGACACCUUCUUUCACAAACCUUCUGGGAGCUGAGAAGUUGGGUUUGCCGUACGUGGAUGCGUAUUUGAAUUCCAUCGAAACCAAUUUUCUACAUGGUGCGAACUUUGCCACUGGAGGCUCUCCGAUUCAGCCACUGGAUUCAAAGAUGUUCGAGGCGGGAUUCAGUCCGAUUUCCCUUGAUAUACAGCUUUUGCAGUUCGAGCAGUUCAAAGCACGAACUGAGGAGCUAUACAAUGAAGCUACAUCUUCUUAUGUCAAAACCAGUCUUCCAAGACCAGAGGAUUUUCCUAAGGCAUUAUACACUUUGGAUAUUGGGCAGAAUGAUCUGACUGCUGGGAUCAAAUCCAUGACAGAGAAACAACUUCUAGCGUCCAUGCCACAUAUUAUCAAUCUACUUGCUCAUGCAGUAGAGAAACUAUACCAACUAGGUGCAAGAGUGUUUUGGAUUCAUAAUACUGGUCCUAUUGGUUGUUUGCCUUAUUCUCUUAUAAAGUAUCCUCCAAAGCCUGGAAACAUGGACCAAAAUGGUUGUAUAAAAUCCCACAAUGAGAUUGCCAAGGAAUUCAAUAGGCAGCUCAAAGAGACGGUAUCCCAACUUCGAGUGCAACUUUCUGAUGCUGUACUUACUUAUGUUGACGUCUUUUUGGCCAAAUAUUCAUUAAUCUCUGAAGCACAGAAGCAUGGUUUUGUAAAUCCACUUGGUUAUUGUUGUGGGCAUGAUGGGGAUUAUUACGUUCAGUGUGGGAAGAAGGCAAUGGUAAAUGGGACAGAAAUCUUUGGGGCUGCAUGCAGUGAUCCUUCCCUCUACAUUAGUUGGGAUUCUAUACAUUAUUCUCAUGCUGCAAAUAGAUGGAUAGCCUACCAUAUUGUUGAUGGUUCUCUCUCAGACCCUCCAGUUGCCAUCACUCAAGCUUGUCACGGCCCUGCUCGUUCGUAGGUGCAAGCUGAAAUCUUCAAUUCUGAAGUUUUGAAUCGGUUGAUGAAAAUGAUCAUUAUUCCAUAUUUAUGUUUGUAAGUCUACUUGUUAUUUUUAUUUUUUAUCUUUUACUGAAAAAACAACAAAUUACAAUCUUGAACAUUGAAAGCUGUUUUGUUGGUUUGGCAAUUUGACGAAUUUCAUGGCGAUUCUGCAAAGAAGUGGUUUUCUUAACCAAAGUGGUUACCUUGCAAAGAAAUUAUAUUGCAAAGAAGUGGUUACCAUUCAAUUCGUUUGUGUACCAUAGCAGGCUAAGGAGUUUUCAAUUGUGUUUAGAUCAAAUGGCACUCACUCCCUAUGGAUUGUUGCAGGCAGGCAGGCACCUAAUGUGAGAAGUCUGGUGCCACAGUGAAUAGAACUUACUUCUGUGAUCAUUCAAAAUAAAUUUUCUGGGAUGCGAUACAUUAUAGAGCUGCAAAUACAUGACUGACCAAUCUUAUAGUGGAUGACUAGCUCUCAGAUUCCCUUGCAGUACCCCUCUUUGAAGAAUGUCAGACAACUGUUUUCUUAGUAAAUUUAAAGUGAUUUCCUGAACCGAAACUAUAUAAACUAGGAGCGAGGGAGUAAGUUUUCUCUCAAAAUCUCAGACCCUUCUCUGUUCUGGCACUGACCUUGUCACAAGCUCAUAAGCUUGGUGGGUAAAGUCUGCAAUUAAAGAAGUAACUAAAUCCUAGUUGAAAAUUUCUUUUUUGGUUGACAAUCCUAGUUGAAAACUUGAAAUAUGGUGUUAGGUUCCCUGAUAGAGAUGGGUCAUGUAUGACGUGGACUUUUAUGGCUGCAUUCUUAAUAUGGUUAUUCUAAGUCUCUUCUCUAUGGCAAAGCAAUAAACUUGACAAUCGACUUUAUAUUUAUUAUUUCUAAACGACAAUAAUAUAUGUUAACUCGCACAAAUUUGACCUGAAAAGUUGCGACUUGGCCAGUUUGUGAAGUUGCGACUUGACCAGUUUGUGAAGCCCGAAGAUAGUUUCUUCGUCCAACGAAGUAGUAUAUUCCUGCAGUAAUAGCUACCAAUCACGGUAAGAGUUUGCCAGAUUACUGAUUUGAGUUUCACUUCCUUACAGAAAACUUAUAGAACUAAAAUUAGUUUUUAUCUUUCUAUGAAAUAUAGAUUAAACUUUAGCCUGCUUUUUUCACUUUUUAGAAUCAGUGCUUAAGAAGGGGUAAAAAAAAAAAAAAAAAAAAAGGAAGUGUUUUUAGCAGAAACUCAAAAGUUUUCCCUUGUCUCUUACACGUGUACUAUGUGUGUGUGUGUGUGUGUGUUAUUAGACUUGUGAAUCCUACUCUUGCCAACUCAUUUCCAUCAUUGGUUAUUGAAAUUUAUGUAUCGUUUCUAAGUAAUUAACUGUUCCUUCUACAAAGCCAACAAAUCUUGCUUUAAGCUGCUAGCAAUAUUGAUGAUCGCUUGUUCAAACUCUAGUAGCAUAUCUUGCCUUUUUCUGCAAGAAAGGUCUAAGGUAACAACUUGAGGUGUAUAUGGACUGGGUGAUCAGCACAAGAUGGAGGGAUUCUUGGGAACUGAAGAAGGGUAUCGAAGCAGUGUCAAUGGGAGUUGUUCUAGCUGGUGCAUUUUCAAUUCAUUUGGACAGAAAAAGAAAUUGGAUUCUGGUUGGCAUAUCCAUUACUAACUUAAGGAGUUAGGUAGUUUUAUCGUAUCAACGAAGGACGUCAAGUUGACUGCUCUUCUGAGCUCAGAAGUUCGGUUUGCAAUAUUUGAGUGCUUAUCUGGAUUCCUCGUUAUGAGCAAAUUUAACAACUGGAGGAUCUACAAUUCAGCCAUAAGAUGGGCGCAUGUUUGAUGCAAAAUUCAGCCCCAUUUCUCUUGACAUACAGAUUUUGCAAUUCCUACUGUUACAAAGCUCGUGCCAGUUAGCCUAACGAUAAAAAUUCUCACAUCAAAAACAGUCUCCUUAGACCAGGGGAUUUCUCCAAGGCCAUGUACACAUUGCCCAUAGGACGGAAUGAUCUUUAUGCUGGACUAAUAUGGAUGACAGCAGAGCAAGUAUCUAUUUCCAAUUUCACUGAUCGGUUAGGUUUCGCAAUAGAGUUCUCAUCCUAUACAUAUUCAGCAGCAAGAGCUUGGUGGAUCCAGAACACGGGGCUGCUUGCCUAUAAUUCUCAAACUUUCCACCACAACCUGGUGACAUGGACCAAAUCGGUUGUUCAAAGUCUCAAAAUGAGGUAGCUGAGGAAUUUAACACACAACCCAAAGACAGCGUUUCCAAACUAAGGACCAAACUUUCAGACGCUAACCUUACCUAUGUGGAUGUUUAUGCAGCAAAAUAUAACUUACCAGCGAAGCAGUGAAGUACGGUUUUUGAAAUCCUUUUGGGUUUGUACUGGACACUAUGGAGAAUAUUUUCAUUGCCGUGGGAUGAAUGUAGUUGUUAAUGUCUGGGACAGUGUGCAUCAUUCUCAUGCAGCAAACCAGUGGGAGACCAGCUUAUUCUGGAUGGCUCUUUUUCAGACCCUCCAAUUUCAUUAUUUCACUCACCAAAGCGUGUCAGAUUGCUGAACCAUGAUUUUUUAGUUUGGUUUCUUUCGGUUGUGUAUUAUAUUUUGUAUGCAAACUUUGACUUGAAAACCUAAAAAUAGAAAACUCAAUUGUUGAAGGUGAGGAUUCAAUUGCGUGAGUA